AUGUUAAUACGCCAUUUGAGAUUCAAUGGCGUUGUGCCAUACGCCAGAGCUGCCAACUUGCAGCAGGAUUUGGUCACCAGAUUCCUAGCACACAAGGCCUCUCCAACAACAGUGCCGGCCCCAAAACCCACCAUCAUUACUGCUCAAUUUUCUCCUGUUUAUACAUGCGGUCGACGUGAAGUUGGCACUGUUUCUGAGGAACAGCAAAUUUUUCUGAAGGACAAUGGCAAUGCUGAGUUCUACGAGGCCCUCCGCGGCGGUCAAACCACUUUUCAUGGCCCUGGUCAACUUGUCGCAUAUCCUAUCAUCGAUCUCAAAACACACGGUCUAACACCAAGAAACUACGUAUGCCUGCUGGAGAAGACCCUCAUCAAGACUUGCGCGCGCUACGGUAUAAAAGCAAUGACUACCGAGAACCCUGGAGUUUGGACAACGCCCGACGACAAGAUAUCUGCACUGGGUGUUCAUUUGCGAAGAAACAUAACCAGUCACGGUAUCGGCCUCAACAUCAACACUGACCUCAAAUGGUUCAGUCGCAUUGUUGCUUGCGGUCUUGAAGGCAAGCGGACCACCAGCUUUGAGAACGAAGGUGUUGCUGGCAAGUCUGUUGAUGAGGUUGCUGAUGCCUUUGUUCAUCAGCUCGCUGAAUCAAUCGAAGGUAUCGACGGUGUUGAAGAAGAGCUCCUCAUAUAG